AUGUCCUCAGAAGAGCCAGUACGCGCUCUGCGCGACAUAUUUGGGGACCCUAAACCCCCAGAGAUAACCCGUAAGAUCACUGCGUGCGUGGCAUGUCGCAAGCAAAAGAUAAAAUGCCAGAUGGGUGGCUCUAAACCGCCAUGUGUACGCUGCAAAAGAAGGGGCCUCUCCUGCGUGGUUAAUCAGAGCCUGCAAAUGCUGCUGGAAAGCGACGUUCGCUGGAGGGAUUUGGCGGAGAGGAAGUUUAAAAGUCUCGAGCACGCAGUGCAGCAACUCGCUGACAAGUCGCUGUCGGUUGAGGAUGCCCGAGCACUCAAGAUGUUACUGCAAGAAGGGGAGUCUCAAGACACAGCGGUUUUGAACGAUGCUCCGGGAUCCAGAAAGCUCCUCUCGAAUGGGCAGGUUACGUCGGAGCCAUCAACAAUAACAGCGAAUCAAGCAGCUGACGAUUGUGAAGUGGUUAUGGAUUUGGCUUCUGGUGCCAGUUCCAUCCCGGGGUUUCACAUCUCGCCAACUCCUGGAAACCAUACGAUGGAUAUUAAUGGCGACUUGAUUUCUAAUGGAAUCAUUACUGAAGCCAACGCGGAAAGAUAUUUCAAAACCUACCAAAACCGCCUCGACCAUUUCCCAUAUCGCAUACUUGGGAAUCACAGCAACGCAACGCUGGAUACCGUUCGGAAAGCAACCCCUCUCCUUACUGCUGCUGUCUGUACGGUCGGCGCACUUCAUCUUGCAUCCGAGGAUUUUGAAAGAUGCUAUAAGGAGUUUAUAUCCUUGUCCGCUACCCGAAGCUUUUCUAAACUCUGCACCGUCGAUGAUGUUCGAGCACUCUGCAUUGGAGCUUUUUGGCUCAGUGGUCAUUCCUGGACACUGGUAGCAUCAGCCGUUCGGAUUGCUACUGAGUUGCAUCUUCACAGGAGCAUCUUCAAAGCCCUGCAGGGCGAUCGAAUGCAUUACUACCGGACGCGUCUAUAUCUGUUAGUAUACGCAUGUGAUCAUCACUUUUCAGUGGCCUUUGGCCGCCCGCCAAUGACAAGAGAAUGCGAGACGAUUCGCAAUGUCAGGAAAUUCCUCGAUUGCUCGCACGCUACUCCCGAUGAUGCUCGGCUGGUUAGUCAAGUACUGCGAUGGAGUCUCUGCUCCCAGAUAUACGACUCUUUCGGCGCUGAGGUCGAGAAAUCAUUGUCGAGUCCUCAGAUCAAAGAGUUGCAAAAGUAUAGCAUCGCUCUGGAUAGCCUCCGAAUGGAAUGGGCUGAUAGCUUCAGUCCAAACAUUCAUAUCGGGGAUUAUCCGCGCAAGGGCGUCACGCUGCAAUACCACUUUGCUAAGCUCUAUCUCUGCUCGCAUGCUUUCCGAUGCACCGAGUCAGCCGGAGGCUUUAUUGAACCGUUGACAGAGUUGGAUGAAGUCGCAAACAUGGCCAUUGUGUCGGCUCUCGCCAUCUUGAAAGCGGUGGUUCACGAUACGGAGAUUCAGUCGUUUCUUGACGGUCUCCCGAUUUAUUUUGACACUAUGAUCGCGUUUGCGGUUGUGUUUCUUAUCAAAGUCUUCUCAAAUAAUCACUUCGUGUUGGUUAGGCCUGACAGAACAGAAGUCUAUAAGCUCCUCGAGUCUCUGCUCGCCACAUUGAAAAAGGUGACAUCCACAAUGCACCCUCAGCAUCUACUUGUCAAGAUUUGCAAAGGAAUCGAGACACUACUUCAGCGGUCCUACUCAGGAAGUGCCUUAGGCCUUGGUCUCCCUCCUGGCGGAAACCCAGUGACUGGUGACUCUAGCAACGAAUAUACGCAAAAUCCCGAGUGGGACACAAGUCAUGAUCUUGGGCUAUUUUCUCUGAGCGAAUAUGAUUUUUUGAAUCAGGAUAUUGUGGCCGACUUUCCUUUUACUAUCGAUACAGAGCCAGAUCUGUAG